AUGCCUCGAGGCCCUAGUCGGCAUAAAUGGCAUAACUUCGAGUGGACCGCCGCACAAGUCGAGAUGGAGUCGCCAACCAGAUCGGCCCAGCCAUCACACCACACCCGCCACGACUCUCACCAUAACUUCUCCGUCCACGCUCCAAACUUCCAACCUCGCAGCCCAUCACCCCUCAAACACAAUCAACUGCCCUCACCACCAUCCGAACUACACAGCACAACCACAUCAAGUCGUCACACCCAGCAGCAAACAUCUCCCACCAAGCUCCCACCUCUGCACGCACCCGAUUGCCGCCUAACCCUCGCCCACCGCACCACCAUCUACCGUUGGGAGCGUAUCGAACGCAAGUUUACAUCUCCCUGCCUCAAGUGCACGGAUGAUGGAUACUCGGAGGACGAGACCGCAGAUCACAGCAUGAUCGAGUGCGGUGUUGUGCCGGACUACCACCGGACCAAGCUACAGAGGGAUCGGGAGGAGCUACAUGGACAGCUUCUGGAGCUGUUACAAGCAGACUACGAGGCGCCUGUGUUCGUCACACUGGUGGCAAUUGGUCGGAUCAUGCCGGAGGUCGUGAAUGAGGGAUGGACACGGAAUGGGAGAGUGGCGGCAGGUGCGAGGGAGGCGGCGGCGGUGGUCUUGAUGAGGAAGUGGGAGGGGAUGGAUGCGGAGGCGGAUGAAGAGGAAGAGGAAAAGGCACAGAACGGUGAAGACAAACAAAACUGA